UUUCAUGCGUGUGUUAGAUAAGAUAAAAUCCAAAAAUAGAGAAACAUCAGUGCAUAAUUAUAAAAUAUAUUUCAAAUCCAUGAUUAUUUUUUUCUUCUUCCUCUUACUUUAAUUAAAAGAGGAAAAAGAAAAAGAAAUGGUUAAAAACCAACUUAUGCGUAGUAUUUCACUCUUAUUUCAGCCUUCAGCGUCUACCAAAAGAUGGUAUGAUAAGCAAAUAAAACUCAAAAAUCCAUUUACAUCCAAGAAACAACGAAAAGAUCCAGCAGAUGAUGAAGUACUUUUAUCAGAAAAGUUUUUAGUAUCAGACGAUACUGAUAAUGAUAAUAAAUCAAUUCAUAUUGUAGAGCAUUCGACAGAUAAAAAUUCUUUCGAUAUUCAUAAGCCUAUCUUUUAUUACUUUCAUGAUAAGCAUGAUUUACAGUCUUCUGUAUCCUUACUAUCAACGGAUUCAUAUGACAAAAAGGUGGAGGUUAUUUUGACAAAUGAAAAUGCAACACUAUCUGAUCUCAGUCACUUGUCCUUUUCUACUACGGCUAAUGACAUAAUUCAUCAUGAAGUUGUUAUUGUAAAAAAGAGCCACAUAUCACUUUUAGGAGAAAUGGUUCAAGGUAUUCUAUGUGAUGCAAUCUCAAUUGCCGAUAAAGAGUUUGAACAGGAAGAAAUAGUACCGAAACAAGCUUUAAAAGAUUAAAUAUGUAUGUGUAUGUUUGUAUGUAUCUACAUAUAUAUAUAUUUAUAUAUGUAUUUAUACUGUUUUGUAUAUGUAUGCCUUUUAUUUUUAAGUGUGUGUGUGUAUUUAUUUAUAGAAUUAGGUACAUAAUGCAUUAAUUCAUUUCUUUUUUUUUAAACCAAUUAGAUAAUAAAGUAAAUAUAAUGCUUUAUUAUUCAUAAUAAAAUACAAGUCAUUCUUCUUGAAUAUGUCA